AUACGAAGCCGUGAUUUCUAGAAAUGUUGCCGUCGAUAUUUUUAUCUCUAGAAAACAAAUCUUUCUAUUGGAGGGUGUCGACUGCGACAUAAAUCCAUCCUAACCUAAAAAUGAAUGGACAUGGAUGGAGUUGAAUGGAUCUUUUUAUUCAAAGAGAUCUCUGAUGCGAUAUUUUCUCCAAAUAUUGCAUAAAUUAAUACUAAACGACACGAUGGAAGAAAAGGCGGAUCCUCUCAAGGAAACUGGCGCCAAUGAUGUCGACGUGGAGUCAAAGGCGUUGCUAAAGAGAGAACUGCAGAUGAAGUCAGAAGCGCUCAUACUGUUGAGCCAAAAGAUGGAGCAGUGUAGGACACAGCGUGAUCAGUUCAAGUUGAUGGCCGAGCAAAUUCAGGAAAGAUUUCUGCAUUUAAAGAAACAGAUGUGUGAUAUGAAGGAAUUGAACGGUCUGGACGACGAUUUUAGAACCUUGGAUCUAUUAACAGAAGUACGAGAGCAAAAUAAGUGCCUCAGGCUACAGGUCGAUACAUUAAGACAGAAGCUGGCAGACGCCGAGGGUGAUAUCAAGGUGUUACGUAUGAAUAACAAUCGCAUGCCAAUUGAACAGCAAGAGACUCAGUUGGCACCAGCCAUGCACCAAAGGGAAGAAAUGAUAGAGCAAUUAGAAAAGCUAAACUUAAAGUGUUCACAGUUACAAACAGAUCUACAAACAGUAUUGGAUGAGAAACAUGAGCUGGAGGUGGAAAGGGAUGCCUUCAAAUGUAAAGCACAUCGUUUGAAUCAUGAACUAUCUAAGGCUUUGAAUGCUACUAAGCCAGUUGAUUUGGAUGCUCUUAUCAAUGAAAAUAGAUAUCUGCAAGAAAGAUUGCAACAAUUGCUCGAGGAAAAGGAACUCACACGUCAAUCUCUGUCAAAAUAUAAGAGCAUGUUGGACAGUAAAAGGACCAAAGGAGCUAUCAAGCUGGGAGCAAACUCUGCGGCUGGGACAGUAAUGACUCACAAACAAGUUGAACAGCUUCUUCAAGAAAGUUCUUAUAUACCGCCUCAGAAAUCUGCUGCCGCCGUCACCGAUUUGCGAUGCCUUUGCACCGCCUUGUUGGAGGCUUUAAAUGACAAAACUUUAGCUCUAGCGCAUCAGAAGAAGGCGAACAAGAUAUUGGCAUUGAGAAUUUGUGAACUGGACAGUGCUGUGCAAUCACCAACCACAAGGCUCUUGGAGGGAUACACGAGCGCCAAUGUCGAUUUGAGAUGUGAUAGCGAUUUCAACGAUUUAAAUCAUACAACUAACGGUAAUGUAGAUAAUAUUGAGGAAACUAAUAUCGUAACGAAUGAAAACAAUAUACAGUGUAGCUCCUCGCCUGAAAGUCAAGUUAUGCAACAAUUGCAGUCGAUACAAAUGAGUCUUCCGAAAAACUUAGGGGUAUUGGUCCAAAAGGCAUUAAAUAAUUUGAAGGAUAAUGAUAAGCAGAAGAUAUGAAAUUAAGAAUAUAUGUUACGGAGAAUAUAUAUGUAUGUGCCUAAGUAUACAUAUAAUGUGUAUAUAGAAAGCAGGUUUAACGAACGAUGACUCAUACAGCACAUAAAUGUUAAAUCAAUCAACGUUGAAAAGAUGUAGAAAUGUCUAAUAUUCGUUUAAAUAAAAUGAAUAAAAUUAGUUUUUAAAUUGUCCGAAAAAUAGUUAAUCUAAAUUUUUUUAAAUAAUAUUGAUUUUUAUUUAAAAUUGUUCUACUUUUCUAAAAUAUACUAUAUAUAUCUAGAAAAACAAUGAUUUUUUUUUAAAGAAAAGUUAUAGAUUCAGUGUUGAGGAAAUAUUUAUAUUUUCAAUAUGACUACAUCUUAACAACGUUCUUUCAAGGUUCUGUGCUGUAUAGAUGAAGUACUCUAAAUAAACAGAGUACAUUAGGCAGUACAUUAAUUCUUAAAAAAAUCUAGUCAUAAAUUAUAUUUGUUUAUCAAUAACGCGCAAAUUCAAUUAAUUAAUUAAUUAAUUGAUUGACUUAUCACAUAAGCUAGCGAUGCAAAAUGCUAGUUAAUAUUUCUAUCAAAUCAGUAUUUAAUAUACAAUAACCAGAAAGUUAAGAUAAAGAUGAUCUUAUCAGAUAAUGAAAGACGUUUUAUUACGCAACGUUGUAAAUUAGUUUGGCAUAUCAUUUACGUGUAGCACGUAGUUACAGCACCAUAAUAUGUAGGUUGACAGUAAAAUGAUCGUACCAAGUGACGACGUUCUCGCAAAUAUUUUUGAUGCAGGACAUUGUUCAGCUCAUCUAACCAUGAGUCAAAUUGCAAGUUAGAUCUGUCUGUGAAUGUUAUCGAUGGUUCCAUUGAUCUUUUUGAUUGACGAUAAGGGGCGUUUUCCCUAUGUGGAUAUGUAUAUACAUAUAUAUUUGUUAUUUCUAAAUAUAGAAUUACAUUCCAGUCAUAUUA